AUGUCACUCCGCGAUGCAGUAAGAAACCGAGAUUUGGCACAGGUGACAGAACUCUUAGAGAAUGGAGUUGAUGUGGAUCAGAGACUAUUUGGAGGGGGGUCUACAGUCUUGCUUCUUGCAUGUCAAAGCGGACAUGUUGGAAUUGUUCAAGUACUAUUAGAUGCCGGUGCCGAUGUACAUGCAACGAAUCAAGAAAAGUGGACACCGCUACAUUUCGCAUGUCUCGGAAAUCAUGUGAAUGUGGUUCGGCUACUUUUGGAUCGAGGAGCCGAUUUAAAUGAUGCCAGAAAUGCGGAGAAGCGGACACCAUUGCACGCCGCAUGUGAACUUGGACUCUUGGGAGUUGCGAAAGAACUACUUGACCAAAGCGCUGAGUUGGAUGCAAACGACCAUUACAGAAGGACUCCCUUGCAUAUAGCAUGCCUGCAUGAUCAUUUCCAUGUUAUGAGGUUGUUGUUAGACCGCGGCGCCAAUGUCAAUGCAGUCAAUGGAUCGGUCUCUACACCACUACAUGUUGCUUGCCACUACAAUGUUCGUUUAGAAACCGUAAGACUUUUGUUAGAUAAGGGUGCAGAUGUCGGUGCCAAAACAGAAAAUGGAUCGACACCACUGUAUGUUGCAUGUGGGCUCGGACGAUUGGAAAUAGCGCGACUGCUAGUUGAACAUGGCGCCGAUAUCGAAGCAAAGGCCUCUGGGGAAAAGACACCGUUGCACAUUGCCUUUUCGAAUUAUAAUGUAGAUGUGGCCACAAUGCUAAUGGAUCACGGGGCUGAUAUCGAAGCCAAAACUGGGGGAUAUACACCAUUGUGCAGUGCGUGUAAAGCUGGUGAAUACGAAGCCGCGAGGAUACUGAUUCACCGAGGUGCAAAUGUUCAUGCAUCGUCACAGAAGGAAUGGACGCCCCUGCAUUUUGUGGUAGAGUGGGGUCAUGACUCAGGGUUGGCUCGAAUACUUCUUGAUCAAGGAGUAAACAUAGAAGCAAAAACGAACAAGGGUAUGACUCCUCUACACAUUGCCUCUUACAAGAACAAGUUGGAGGUAGCCCGCUUACUCGUACAAAGAGGUGCGAAAAUAAAUUCCAGGGCACAUGAUGGAUCGACAUCUUUGCAUCUGGCAUGUGAAAAGAAUUGUUUGGCUGUAGCUCAGCUAUUGUUACAGCGUUGUUCUAAUGUGAGAGCGAAAACCAAUGACGGUCUAGCACCGUUACAUGUUGCGAGCGAAAAGGGACAUGCAGGCAUGGUCUGGUUGUUGGUAAAUCAUUGCCCGUGGUUGCUUUUGCGGGAAUGA